UUUAUUAGUAAUGGAUAAUUUUGUUCUUUGUUGUAUUAGUGCUUUUACACAAGUGACGGAUUAUAAGACUUCCUCCACCACUAGUUGGUCGUGGUCUGCUUCCCUCUUAGCGUUUUCUUCCGCGUGUGGACGGAACCAUCUUGAGAAGUCAUCACCUUUGAUACAGCGAAGGCAGCGCAGUAGCGAGUUUGUUCCUCGUCGCAUCGCCAUCUUCUUGUUCAUAUCUCGUUAUUCAUUCAAAACAAAUUGAGCUUAACGCCGCUAUUCGUGCCAGCGCGCCGUUGGUGUCCGCGGACAUGCGUGUCGCGGGGAAAGGGUGUCGCGCGCCCCUCGUGCGCUCCUCGUCGUUGACGUCGCUCCUCUCCUCCCUGGUUUCCGCUCGUUAGCAUCGUCGCUACCGUCCGGCAGCUACAGCGGCAGCAGCGAUGCACGAGGAAGGGGACGAGGCGCACGACGACUGCGGCUCCCGCGAGGAGUGGACGCUCCUGCUGUGGACCACUCUGGCCGUCAUCGUCCCGGUCAUCGUCACGCUGUGGUGCAGCGCCCAGCGCUCCAAGCGGAAAACGCACAUGAAGGACUUCUUUCGCAAGAGCAAGCACGGGUGGCACUACACGGACCUGUUCCACAGGCCCACCUACUGCUGCGUGUGCUCCCAGCACAUCCUCCACGGGGCGUUCUGCGACUGCUGCGGCGUGUGCGCCGACGAGCAGUGCCUGCGCCGGGCCGACCGGAGCCUCACGUGCAAGGAGAUCAUGGCCCCCCCUUGCGGCCCGUCCGGGGCCAUGGAGCACCGCUGGGUCCGCGGGAACGUGCCCCUCGCCAGCUACUGUGCGGUGUGCAAACAGCAGUGCGGGACCCAGCCGAAGCUCUGCGACUUCAGGUGUGUGUGGUGUCAGACCACGGUGCACGACGACUGCAUGGACAGCCUGACGGCCAAUCAGUGCGAGCUGGGCGAGUUUCGCAACCUCAUCAUCCCUCCUCACUACCUCCACCGCGUCAACAAGCUCCGCCGCAGGAGCCCCGAGGAGUACAGCCAGCUGGCUUCGUCCUGUGGCAGUGGCUGGACUCCUGUGCUGGUGUUGGCUAACACGCGCAGCGGUAACAACAUGGGGGAGGCUCUGCUGGGAGAGUUUCGCACCAUUCUGAAUCCCGUGCAGGUGUUUGACCUGUCUGAGCUGACUCCCCCCAAAGCCCUCCAGCUGUGCACGCUCCUGCCUCCCGGCAGCGUCCAGGUGCUGGUGUGUGGGGGCGACGGCACCGUGGGCUGGGUGCUGGAUGCCAUCGAUGCCAUGAAGCUGAAGGGCCAGGACCAGUUCAUGCCGAGGGUGACCAUCCUGCCUCUGGGGACAGGAAAUGACCUUUCCAACACUUUAGGCUGGGGUGCCGGGUACGCUGGGGAGAUCCCCGUGGAACAGGUUCUCCGUAACAUCCUUGAUGCCGAGGUGGUCAAAAUGGACAGAUGGAAAGUGCAGGUGGCUUCAAAGGGUCUCUACUUUCGUAAACCAAAGGUUCUGUCCAUGAACAACUACUUCUCUGUUGGGCCCGAUGCCCUGAUGGCGCUCAACUUCCACACGCACCGGGAGAAAACGCCCUCCUUCUUCUCCAGCCGCAUCGUCAACAAGACUGUAUAUUUCCUGUAUGGCACCAAAGAUUGUUUAGUGCAGGAAUGUAAGGAUUUGGAUAAGAGGAUUGAGCUGGAGCUGGAUGGGGAGAGGGUGGCGCUACCCAGCCUGGAGGGGAUCAUAGUUUGUAACAUUGGCUAUUGGGGUGGAGGCUGCAGACUGUGGGAAGGCAUGGGGGAUGAACCCUGUGCGCCCACACGGCUGGAUGAUGGUCUGCUGGAGGUGGUGGGUGUGUUUGGCUCCUUCCAUUGUGCUCAGAUCCAGGUCAAGAUGGCCAAUCCUGUACGGCUGGGACAGGCCCACACUGUCAGGCUUGUUCUCAAGAGCUCCAAGAUGCCCAUGCAGGUGGACGGGGAGCCGUGGGCACAGGGUCCCUGCACCAUCACCAUCACCCAUAAGACCCAGGCCCUCAUGCUGUAUCACAGCGCUGAGCAGACGGACGACGACGAAGACGAAUCCAGCGCCUCUGAGGCCGAGAGCCCCACCCCUCAUGACUCCCCCAGGCCCCCGGGGCCCGCCUCCGCUCAGGCGUGAGCCUCCCCACACAUCAUGCACUCGAAUGUCCUCUGGUUUGAGACUUAUUUAUUCUGGUUCCGGUUUCUUUUUAAAUCACUCCGCUGAAAGACCUUUGAACCCACUUUAUUCUCCCACCACGUCGAUAAGAAUAAGUGUUCAGAGAGCUCACUGGGCUAAAGAAGGGGAGUUUGUAAAUUGGCUGGUUUUUAUUGGUCUUUCCAUGUAGUGUAAGCCAGAGCUCAGGCAGUUGCAUCAUCCACAGUUGAGACAUUCAGGAGGAGGUGAAUGCUAGUGAGAAAUUUGCCAUUUAUUUGCACUGAUCCCUUGUGCCAUAGCCAUCUAUAGUCAACUGUAAAACUAUUUAUUCUGCUGUAUAUACAAUCGAAUGACCAGUGUAGCCCUGCAGGUAUCUAUGAGCCAUUUUAACCAAGUGGCCCAGGCUCCAUUUACCAAACCCCCACAAAGCCAUGUCUAUCACAGCAAGUGAUGAAGCAUUAUUUGUUUAACGGUUGUGAAGGGGAGGUCUUGCUACAUCCAUAGCGUUAUUGCUUUUAUUCCAGAGAAGAGCACAAGCAAAGGCUAGACGAUCAUUUUGUGUGUGCAAUGUUCAUCUGCUCAAAAUACCUGUUAAAUUCCUCCUUCAGGAUCCAAAUCACCACAUGGACUUUUAUUUGUUACGUGUGUUGCAUUUGUCAAGUCGAGAGUUUGCAAUGUGUGCGAAAGCCAAAAGGUCUCUUAUUCUGAAGGAGCAAGGGCUCUGCUACAACAGCAGUGUGCUGUUAAUCACUGGACGUGUUGGUGUUCGUGCUUCAUGGUGCCCUGUCUUAAUCGGCUCACCAUGCUGCUAGAUUGUACAAAGAUGCAGUCUUGAAAAGUAUAUUUUCCUGUAAGAGGAAACCGCCUGACUUUAUUUUGAAAAUGCUGCCAAGUAACUUGUUUGGACGAUUUGGUAGUUUAACAUUUCUUUUUUUUCCCUUUACUUUACACUUUUCUUCCUGUUUACAUAUUUUGUGUUGCACUGUUUCUGGCACUUCUACUGAUAGAUACCUGUACGCUGCGCAGGAUGUGGCUCGUACAAUGAAACCGUGAUGCCGCCACUUGAGGCCGCUGCCGAGUGAGAACCGCUGUUGAGGUUAAGCUGUCCCGUGACGUUGUCUUAUGUUAUUGACGUAAUCCUCUUGCAUUUCAUAUUGUGUGGUUUACCAAAUGCUGCCCACCAGGUGGCAGACUGAAGACAGUAUUAUUGUAGUAGACCUCCUCCUUCUCUGCCACGGUUUUAAAAUGAACACCACGGGUAAGUUGCAUGUGCCGCUCGGUGGACGUUGCCCGGUUGAGUUGCGUCUUUCCUGUUGUGUAAUGUGUGCGAGGGGCCUGUCAGUCGAGGACUCGUAGGGGAAAUUCAAAGCCGUAUGUCAUCUCGCUGCACAAGAAGCUCAACGGGGAUCAGUGUUCAGCCCAGGAUGCCGAUACUUUUGGAAGCCUUGUGGUUCCAUUUGUUUGGUGAACGUCUUCUUGCUUAAGGACACCUGUUUUGACCCUUGACCUUAUCCUCCAUGUUUACCAGGGUUGUCUGUGGUGUUGCGCUGAAUUAGCUUAAACGCUUAUUUUCAGGUUCUUCAGCCACGCUAGCAACAUUACUUUAGUUCAAGACACUGUUUUUAGAGGGAAAUACCUCAGUAGCUGUUUAAUGAAUUGUGUGGCUAUUUAGUACAUUUGAUCCUAAAAAUGAAUGCUAACAAUUUUGUUGAAUGGAAUUGCUAACCGGAUUCUUACCAACUGCAGCGGCCGUUUGAGACAAACAAUAGAUAGCACGAUAGCAUGCUAGCAUCCUAAAUAUUAGCACAAUACAUCCUUGCUGUACUUAUAACAACAUAUGAUGGCAUACUAGCCUCUAACUCCAGCAAGAGUUGGACCUGAAUACAGGUGGUGAUUAUAAAAAAAAGAAAAAAAAGAAGCAUACAGCGUUACACAAAAAUAUUGGCUUUAUGGCUUCCCUGUUAUGGUCACAUGUCUACCACAGAAUUAAAUAAUGGUUUCCUUUUUCAAAAAUAACGUGAAAAUAAAGUCAUGAUAGAUACAUUUGAGCGGUAUACAAGAAAGCUGCCAUCUUUAUGAGAACCUCUCCAUCUGAGAGGUUCAGCUUAAGUCUUUACUUGCGUUCUUUCAUCCGAACUGCAUUCUGCGGGUCAACGAGUACUUCAACUCUAGUGCUUUGGUACUUUCCAAUCACAGUGUAGGGCAGAAUGCGGGUCGAUCAAACUACCGAUUCCCAAUGUUAACGAGUCACCAACAGGGUGAACGUUGUGCAGCUUGUAUCUGAUGGGAGUGCUGCGCUUAUUAAAUGAGAACGCUUUGGAUUUAGAUAAGAACGCUAGUGUUAAGGAUGUAACCAUGCCGGUGUGCUCUCUCCAUUUUUAAACCAUCCAACAAAAACAGAUGUUUGCUAGUGCGGCUAAAGACCUUUAACUUGUUUUUUGUGUUGAGGGUGGAGAAACAUGACUGAUGUUAUUGGUUGUUUUGGAAUGUUUCCCAUUCAAUCCUGUUAGUGCAUUAUUUGUUACAUUUGAGCAGAUAGAGAACUAUUUGUAUAGACAAAUUUCACUGUGUUGUGUACCUAAAUGCUUUAGUUAAUAUAUAUUUGAAUAUAUAUAUAUAUUUCAAUAUGCUUAUUUCUUUUUUUAGUAAAAUAUCUGUAGAGAUUAGAGAACCCUAAAAGCUGAUAAGAAUGUGCAGAAACAGAAAACAUUUUACUUUGACCAUGAUAUGGUCUUUAUGUGGCCUCUGCUAAAAAGGAAUGAGAAUAAAAGGUAAGAGAAUAAUGUUUUAUUAAGAACAAUCCUGUAAAUCAUUGCGGUUUUACAAAAAUGCUCAUAAAGAAGGUUCGGUGAAAUUGUAAUGACAUAAAACAAUUGUGAUUCACUUGAAUGUAAUGAAGCGAUCCUUUCAAUUUGAAGACAUUCCCAUAAAUAUUUUCAUAAAUAA